AUGCCUCGGUAUUAUUGUGACUACUGCGACACAUACCUAACCCACGAUUCUCCUUCUGUGAGAAAGCAGCAUAAUGCAGGCUACAAGCACAAGGCUAAUGUGCGAAGCUAUUAUCAGCAAUAUGAGGCUCAACUGAAUCAAAGUUUGAUUGACCAAAAAGUCAAGGAACAUCUUGUGUAUAGGCAAGUUGCUCCGCCUUUCCAGAUGAGACCUGUCCUUCCUGGCCCACCUAUUCAGAUGCCCAUGCCAGGGCCAAUGUAUAACCCUUUAAUGCCAGGAAUGAGGCCGCCUCCUGUUUUGCCCAGGCCACCCCCUGGUGCUCCAGGUUAUACAAUGCCACAGAUGAUGCCACCGCUUAAUGCUCCUCCUCCGCCUGGACAAUUGAAUAGUCUUCCUAGGCCCGUAAAUGCUCCCCCUCCCCCUCCUCCUGCGAUGGUGCCUAGUAGUGCUGGAAUGCCAACAUCUAGUGGUGCCCCUCCAAUGUUUGCUCCUAUGUAUCAAGGGAACAUGAAUGCUGCAGCCCCACCACCAGGCAGUAGUAAUGAAAGUCCCGAAGCUAAUUCUCAUUCUGCCGAACCAUGA